UUUCAGAGAAGGCUUCCCUUAUGGGAGGGUCCACGGACAGCACGUUGUCGAUAAACUGUCUCAGUACUGGCCAGCCGCUUGGAUGGGAGGUCUGUUGGUGUAACAGCGGUGCGCUCGGGUUCAGUGAAGUGUCUUUGGCCCUUCAUCAUUACUUCAGUCUGUGAGCUAGUUGAAUAAAGUUGCGAGGAGCACGCGCUUGUUGCAACUUUUGAAUCAACUCGUCGCGCGCGUCUCCCCCAACAGCUCGCAGCUCUGUCAUUUACUUGUCUUUCAACACAGUGGAAACGUGUAAUCUUUCAGACUGUCUACAAUGGACGAGGAUAACAACGUCUUGCCUGAUUUGAAGGAUAUAGAGACCAAACUGGGUCUAAAGGUCCCGGAUAGUCUCAUUCGUUCUCUCGCCGGAGGGAAGCAUCACGACAAGCACGAGAAGUCGCCGGCACCGCAUUUAGUGAACUGCAAAUUACAUGCUAAUAAUGCGGACUUGAAAAGACUGGAGACCAAAAUGCUAUUCCUCAAACAAGAAAUGGCACAUCUACGAGCCAUCGACGUGAAGCUGAUGCAGCAGCUUAUGUCAAUCAACGAAGGCAUUGAGUCCAUCCGUUGGAUGAUAGAAGACCGAGGUGGCGUGGCCAGCCAAGAGGGCAGCCUGACGGGCAGCUUGUACAGCCUGUUGGACAGCCAGGACGGUACCUCACUGUGCGGCAGCUUCAACAGCUUGAAUGAUGGUAACAGUGACGGGCUAGAUAGUCUGUCUGUGGGUAGUUACUUGGACACUCUAGCAGAGGACCUCCCGGAUGACCCCUCACCUACGGAUCUUGACUGUUUUGUGGAUAAAACGGUUAUUGAUGGGGAUGCUUUCAGCAAAUCGCCACUGAAAGUCAGAGUGGAAUCAGAUGAAUACUACUGCUUUGGAUAAUAAUAAGCUAAAUGCAGAGCCUUCUGAGAUAUUCUGUGAAGAAAGAUUUUAAAUUGUGUUUCGCCACUUUGAUAAUUAACACAGCUGUCUGGUUUUUCCUACAUGCUUUACAUUUGACUCAUAAUAGCUGACAGCCAAGGUGUUGGCGAUAUUACCAAAUGACUAAUGUUACUUUUCACCGUGUCACCAGCUUCCUUAAAUUGUGGAUUGAACACACACCUCAACAAAGCAUUGCCCCUUAAUGUCACACCAAAUGCAAGUGAAAGCAUCUUAACAACUCUUAUGUCUUAGUAUUUUAUCAUGCAGGUCAAUUAAAUUAAAAAAUGUGCUCUAUUAUGA